UCGAGGGGGCGUACCCAGAAAGGGGCGUGGCCACGGCCCAGGACGGGCGGCGGGAGAGGUCCCGGCCCGGCACCGGCCAUGCUCAUCACGCUGUGCUACCUGUACCUGUGGGCGCGCUGGGGGCGCCGGCCAGCCGCGCUCGUGCGCUCCACGGUGCGGCGGCUGCGCGCCUCGCGCUGCUCUUUCACCUUCUGCGGCGCGGCGGCACGGCCCGGGGACGCGCGCGUGUGCUUCAGCCGCGGGGGCCGCGUCUUCUGCGUCGGCGAGAGCCAGUCCAUUGACAACCUGAACAAAUGGGUCCUGUUUCUGGUCUCUCCCUUUGUACUUGAAGCAGAACACAUAGCAUUUGUGACAGAAAGCAUUUGGGUCCAAGGUGACAGAUUACCGGGACCAUCAGCUUCAGAAGCAAUUGUCAAGUGGUCUGACUGCUGUCUGCCCUUAGCUUGCCGACCAGGCGAUCCCUACCAGCUAAUUGCAGAAGCGAGUGUGGACGACUUCAGCAGGCUGGGCGCAGCAUUCAUGGAAGACAGGCUGCAGAUGGAGAAUGGGCUGGUGCCUCAGAAGAUCGUCUCGGUGCACUUGCAGGACUCUGCUCUGCAGGAGCUUGAAGACCAGGCCUCCUCUGGCCGAGCCCCAGUCCUGCAGCCCAACGCUGAGCUCUCCCCAGAGAUGGAGCCCUCAGGAGACAGGAGAGAUGGGCCGGAGGCCUCUGGGGCCUGUGCCUCCAAGCCAAGCAGGGACUCCGCCGAGGACAGUGAGCCCUGUGCCCCUGCCAGGCACCGGCACCUGCACCUGUCCAGCUGCCAUGAGUGUCUGGAGCUGGAGAGCAGCACCAUCGAGUCUGUGAGGUUCGCGUCUGCUGAGAACAUUCCUGAGCUCCCUUAUGAUGCCAGCAGCAGUCUGGAGGGAGCCUCUGAUGAGCUCAGCCUGGAAAGGGAAGGCAGGAGAGGCAAUGCCACAGGGAAGGCACCCAACAUCCUCCUCUAUGUGGGCUCUGGCUCCCAGGAUGCCCCCGGCCUGCUGCAGCAGGUCCAGGCUCUGCUGGCCAACUGUGUGGACACCGACAGCUACCUCCUGUACCCACUGUCGGAGGACAGUGCUCGCAGGGACCCAUGGCCAGACAGCUGCCUCCUGUUGGUCAUCGCCGCCAGGGAGCCCAUCCCCGAGGAUGUGCAUGGGAGGUUCACAGCCUACCUCGAGCAGGGCGGGAAGGUGCUGAGCCUGUCUUCCUCCUUCAGGCUCGGUGGCUGGCGGGUGGCCAGCAAGGCUGCGCUGCAGAGGUCCGUGCAGAACCUGGUGUUUUCCAAGGUGGGCCGGGGUGAUGUGAAGCUCAGCGCUCUGAGCAGUGGCUGUGUCUACAAGGAGGCCCCUGGAGAGCCGCUCUGCCCCGGCAGGCUGCAGGGCCACCUAGAGAAUGAAGACAAAGACAGGGUGAUUGUGCAAGUGCCUUUUGGUGUCCAUGGAGGGGAAGCCGUUCUUUGCCAGGUGCACUUAGAAGUACCUGCCAGCACCUCUGUAGUGCGAACCCAAGAAGAAUUUAACUUGCUCAAAUCAAGCAAUAUUAGACGGUAUGAAGUCCUUAAGGAAAUCUUGACAGCCCUCGGCCUAAGCUGUGACGCACGAGAAGCUCCCGCCUUAACACCUCUGUACUUACUGACAGCCACUGAGGAAAUCCGGGAUCCACUUAUGCAGUGGCUUGGGAGACAUGUGGAUGCAGAAGGAGUAAUAAAAUCCAGAAAGCUCUCCCUUAAGUUUGUUUCAUCGUAUACACCGGAAGGGGAAAUCUCCCCGUCUUCUAUACCCGUGGUCACUGACACAGAGGCCUUCUCCUCAGAACAUUUUAACCUAGAGCUCUAUCGACAGAAUCUGCAGACCAAGCACCUUGGGAAAAUAAUCCUGUUUGCUGAAGUGACCUCCACGACAAUGAGUCUUCUGGAUGGGUUGAUGUUUGAGGUCCCGCAGGAAAUGGGUUUAAUAGCCAUUGCAGUCCGGCAGACUGAGGGCAAAGGGCGGGGGCCGAAUUCAUGGCUGAGCCCCUUGGGAUGUGCCCUUUCUACUGUGCUGGUGGCCAUCCCCCUGAGGUCCCAGCUGGGACAGAGGAUUCCGUUUGUCCAGCACCUGAUGUCCCUGGCCAUCGUGGAGGCAGUGCGGUCCAUUCCUGAGUACCAGGAUAUCAACCUACGAGUGAAGUGGCCCAAUGACAUAUAUUACAGCGACCUCAUGAAGGUUGGUGGAGUUCUGGUUAACUCGACACUUAUGGGAGAAACAUUUUAUAUACUCAUCGGCUUUGGGUUUAAUGUGACCAACAGUAACCCUACGAUAUGCAUCAAUGACCUCAUCGAAGAAUACAACAAGCAACACAGAGCAGAACUGAAGCCCUUAAGAGCUGACUGUGUCAUCGCCAGGGCCGUGACGGUGCUAGAGAGACUCAUCGACACGUUUCAGGAUAGAGGGCCUGACGGCGUCCUCCCCCUGUAUUACAGAUACUGGGUCCACAGCGGCCAGCAAGUCCGUCUGGGCAGCGCCGAGGGCCAGAAGGUGUGGAUUGUGGGCCUGGAUGACUUGGGGUUCCUGCAGGUCCACCAGGAGGGCGGCGAGGUGGUGACCGUGCACCCCGAUGGUAACUCCUUCGACAUGCUGCGCAACCUCAUCCUGCCCAAACGGCAGUAGCAGGGCCUGGCCUGGCUGGGCGGAGUGCGCAGGCCCCGAGUCCACAGCAAGCGUGGCACUCUGUCGCCGCCACCCUAGCCAGGACCUGGAAAGCUAAUGUAGUGUUGAGGGUGAUUUUUCCUCCCUCAAGUCAUUUGUUAACUCUAUUUUUCCCUAUUUUUCUGAUUUUUAAAGGUUUUGUUGUUUCACUGGGUGUUUGAAGAUGCUUCCAGGUGGAAGGCAGACAGGUGAAAGAGUUUAGGUGAAGCCCCACACGGGGUGCUAAAUCAGCCCCUUCCUUUGAGCUUGGCUUUGGGUUUACUGGGGAAAUUUUUUUUACGUGGAAACAGGAAUGGAAUCAUUCAAAUGAUUUUCUAGUAGUGGAGGCCUUUUCAGCCCUAAGCUAUUAAAAAAGCAAAGGAGAAACGCCCCGGGCACAGGUGGUCCCUUGGAGGGGCGGCCCGUUCCAGUUCCCGCGGACUGGACAGAGGCUGUCAGUGGAGAGAGAAGGCGGUGGAUCGCCCGGCGAGGAACACCCAUGCCCGCGCAUAAGAACCUUGGAACCGGUUCCUUAUCCUCACGUGGUUUCGGGAACUCUCCUUCCUGAGUUCCAGUUGAAGACGUGGAUCAGGCCCAAGGCCCUUCAGAUGUGGAGGAGCAGCUUGGGGCAGGAGCAGAUCCAGCUCCGCAGGGGGAGGUGAAGGCUCUCUCGUGCCACAUGCAGCCAGGGCUUCGGGAGCUUUGAAGGAACUUUCUGGAGCGUCCCUGCAGAGUCUGUACACUCAGAAGGUAGAGUACGCGGCAUUGUACUUUUCGUUGUUGUCUUUGAGACGGUCUUGCUAUGUAUAUAUAGCUCAGGCUGACCUUGCACUCACUGUGUAGCCCAGGCCAGCCUCAUACAGUGAUCCUCCUGCUUCAGCCUCCCAAGUGCUGGGAUUACAGGCUUGUGCCACCAUGCCUGGCACUAUGGCAUUGAAUUUGAAAGUCUUAAUUUUUGCUCUCUACUUCCUUCUAUUGCCAAGAAAGAAAACGAUACUGAUACUGAAAGCCAUGUUUGCUGGAAGAAUAUGCAUGCAUGUGGCCUCCAUGUAGCUUUCAAAGAAGACAGUCCAAAUCUGAGGUCCUAAACGGCUCUGCGGCAGGACAGAGAAGAGGAAGCCUUUGUGCGUUUACCAUCUCCAGACGUACACCCUGCUUCCUGGGCAGGUCCAUCUCUCCCACACUCACGGAGCACACCCAAGCUUUUUAGCUUCAACAGCCCAAUUUCUGUUCACUCUUCUCACUUCCUGCCAGCCCCAGCUGAAGUCAGUGGAAAGAAAACUGGACACCACACUCAGCUUUGAACAAGACCCCCCUCACUGUAAACCAGCACCUUCCUCACGCUGGUCUUACGCAGCCAGGCUAAUUCCAGAAACUUGUGGUUUUCGGUGUAAAAUCUGCCUGCCUUGAGCCAGGCAUAGACAGCCCCAUAGGAGGAAAAAAACACCAUGUUUAGUUAAGUCUCCCAACCUGAUCUGUGUGUUUUGGAAAUGUUACUGUAAGAGGACUUCAGAAGUCAUGUUUGCAAAUAAGGCUUCCAUUAGAAUUAUUUUUCUUAAGAAAUCACUCUCUCUUAAAUGGCCAGGUCUUCUUCUGGAGUGAAUGGCACGUUGAAGUAACAGUCCACCGUGGAGUGUCACGGGGUGGGCUCUGCUGGCCAGUGCCCCAGCUUCGUUUCUGAGCUCGCAGCAGAAGGCAGGUCAACUCUGAGGGGCCGUGGUUGUGGUUGUUGUUGUUGUUUUGUUUAAUUUCUUUGGGGAAUUAUUUAAUGAAAAACAUACUGUGAAGGCUUAUUCUAGAUAGCUCUGCUUUGAGGGAAAAACAUUAUCAUUUAAUUUCCUUUCUGUAAAUUAAAACUGAUGAAGUGUGGCCAUGUCAAAGCUCCCUGAGAUAUCCCGUGCACACCACUUGGCCCUGUGAAAUCAGCUUUUGGGGGGCGUUCCUGGAUGUGCAGGACAGCCAGUCGUGUUGGGAGAGACAAAAAUAGGCCACACUUUCCAUAAACCUGGUUCUGCCUCACAUGAGCCAAAGACUGUUGAAAUUCUGCUUCACGGAGAAAAUGAUGGCCUUUUACAGUUUGCACCAGAGAAAUCGGUCUGCUGCGGCAGACUCCACAACGGGGUGCUCAUGCACUCGGGAGCUUUAACAUCUCCACUGAAAUUACAUUUUCUUUGUCAUCUUUAAAACUGGGCCAUUCAACUCAGGAUCACCACAAGUGUUUACAGUACUGGAUUAUCAUCCCCCAGUUUAAAGUGCAUUGAGAGCUUCGUGUGGCGGCACAUGCCUGUAAUCCCAGCACUUGAGAGGCUGAGGCAGGAGGAUUGCUGCCAGUACUAGGCCAGCCUGAACUACGUAGCGAGACCAUCUCAAAAAACCAAAAAAAAAAAAAAAUAAUAAUAAUAAUAAAGUGCAUUGAGCAUCUACCACAUUUUGUCAGAAGGCAAGGGAUCCUCAGUUCUGGAUUCCUGGGGCAGUGGCCUGUGUAAUGGGACACAGUACCAGGGUUUCCGUGGCCCUGGUGGAGCAGCUCAGGAGGCCUGGGGGGCUGUGGUGGAGGUGGGCAGGAAGGGUCCGUGCCUGCAAGUGACACUGUAGCACACUGGUGUGACCUGACUUGGGAACAAGUGGCCCAUCGGAGGCCUGGGGGAGACCUAGGGAGGGACCCCAGGCCCCACGGGCAGCUCAAGUGUCCACCUUGGCUUUUUUCUUUAACUUUUCAAAGAGUCAUUUCUGCAAAGAAUCACUUUAGACCAAUGCCUAUAAAAAGCAAGUCUACCAAAAUAAACAUAAAACUUUCUCCAUC